CAGCUCGAUUCGUGGCGACACAAGCUUAUUCACUGUGUAGGGUUUGAAAGUAUUCUAGAAGGCCUGUUUGGACCUGGAUUAUUAAAAGAUCUCAGUUUGUUUAAAGACUGUGAGCCUGAAGGUGUUUCUGAUUGGUCUUUUGAUGAAAAUUGUCUUUUCUGCUGCCUGAGAAGAGAAAAAGUGAAGGAACACUUAGUCAGUCUGGAUGAGCCAGCCUCGGAAGCUGGACAAGAAGCUCUGCUUAGACAAGAGCAAGCAAAAAUCAUUCGUUUCGAAAGGCAAGCGGAAGAGUUCCUCAAUGCAGUCUUUUACAGAAAAGACAGUCCUAGGGUCUCUGACCCCAAUAUUCCCCUAGUGGCCCGUGAGAUCAUGCAGCGAAUGAUCCGACAGUUUGCUGCUGAAUAUACCUCAAAAAAUAGCUCUACUCAGGACUCCAGCCAGCCCAAUAGCACAAAGAACCAAAGCCUGCUGAAAGCAUCUCUGGUCGCCUCCUCUCCCACGGCUGCAACUGCUCAGAACCCUGUGCUCAGCAAACUGCUCAUGGCUGACCAAGACUCACCUCUGGACCUUACUGUCAGAAAGUCUCAGUCAGAACCUAGUGAACAAGACGGUGUGCUUGAUUUAUCCACUAAGAAGAGUCCUUGCGCUGGCAGCACCUCUCUGAGUCACUCUCCAGGGUGCUCCAGUACUUCGGGAAAUGGGCGACCUGGGAGACCCAGCCAGCACCAUCCGGAGGGACUACAGAGUGGUGAUGGGGUACCUCCAAGAAGCUUGCAGGAUGGAACCAGGGAAGGUUAUGGCCACUCCACAUCUCUUAAAGUACCGCUGGCUCGAUCACUCCAGAUUAGUGAAGAACUGCUGAGCAGAAACCAGUUUUCUACGGCUGCCAGCCAUGGGCCAUCUGGACUACAGAAUCAUGGACAGCACUUAAUAUUAUCCAGGGAGGCUUCUUGGGCAAAACCACACUACGAAUUCAAUUUCACCCGCAUGAAAUUCAGGGGAAAUGGUGCACUCAGCAACAUCAGUGACCUUCCUUUUCUUACAGAAAACUCUGCCUUUCAAAAAAUGGCACUUCAAACUAAACAGGAUGGGAAAAAGGACGUGAGCCAUUCAUCUCCUGUGGAUUUAAAGAUACCACAAGUUCGAGGCAUGGACCUUUCAUGGGAGUCCCGCACUGGUGACCAGUACAGCUAUAGCUCUUUGGUAAUGGGUUCACAAACGGAGAGCGCGCUUAGCAAAAAGUUAAGGGCUAUCCUUCCAAAACAAAAUAGGAGAAGUUUGCUGGAUGCUGGACCAGAUUCCUGGGGCUCAGAUGCUGAGCAGUCUACCUCUGGACAGCCAUAUCCCACCUCAGAUCAAGAGGGAGAUCCUGGCUCCAAGCAACCUAGGAAGAAAAGAGGGAGAUACAGACAGUACAACAGCGAGAUACUGGAGGAAGCAAUCUCUGUGGUUAUGAGUGGGAAAAUGAGUGUUUCCAAAGCUCAGAGUAUUUAUGGGAUCCCCCACAGUACACUGGAGUACAAAGUUAAAGAGAGGCUGGGCACUUUGAAAAACCCUCCAAAGAAAAAAAUGAAAUUAAUGAGGUCGGAGGGGCAGGAUGUUUCAGUAAAGAUUGAAUUAGAUCCCCAGGGAGAAGCAGCACAAAGUGCGAAUGAAUUGAAGGAUGAAUAGGGAUGUUGUAGAGUGCCAAUUACUUUGCAAACUGGGUGAGCACUACUGCAUAGUUCAACCAUCACUGAGCGCACCUGAGUCUCCUGUUUACUGCAAUGCUCUUUCCUUUGCAGUUUAGCAUAGACUUACGUGAACACAGGUGAAAGAUGUGCUCUGAAUGUCACAUUUGUAAAUUUUUCUAGCCUGGUAUGGCGCAGUUUCCCUCCUUCACCUGCCCACUGCCCUAUUUCUUUCUUUCUUCUUUUUUGUUUUCUUUUGCCUUUUGCAUGUUUCUCUGUAAUAGAGAAUUGAGUUACCUCACAAAGAAUGCAGAUCUGUAGAAGUGGACAUCUUGCCUGUAGAGCCUGCCUGAACUUCUGAUGUUGGAUUUUUCAUAUCUGCCUUUAUAGAAAUAAGUCCACUUUGUUAAACUGACACUCUCCUAAAACCAGGCAAUUUUCAAAUGAAAAUCAGACUGUCAUUCUUCAAAAAUGUUUCAGAAAUCUUUUUUUCCCCUCUUAUUUUUGUUGAUCCAGUUGAUUGAAAGAUUUGAGCUAAAUCAAAUUAUUUAGGAAUGGUAUCUCUCUUGAACUCAGAUUUGUCAACUAGAUAGAUAAUCAAUUGGGUCUAAUUAGGCUCUCCACUGUUUUCUUUCUAAAUUAACUGUACUUACCAUUUGUUGUCUGCUUAGUGCUCACCCGGCGGGGAGGGGAGGGAAAACUUACAUACACUACCUUCAGAAAAUGUCAGUUAAUUAUUUAUAACACUACCUUCGCUGUAAUUUUAUUUGGUGUUUUUGAAGGGUGAUAGACUCACCUGCUUGAGGAUGUAGCCUUAUCUCACGGAAGACAAGCUUCUCACAGUCAGGAGCAGUCAGGGUACACUAAAUGAUGUAUUAGGGUAUGCCUCAUUAUACCAGAACUACGGUUCUUUGUGACCUUUACACUUUUGACAGACUUGAUUCUGAGUUUACUAAACUAUGUGGUCCCAACAGCUAGUUUAAAUGACUCUAAUCCAGGGAUGGGGGAUUUGCAUAACAAACUACUGUGAUACUGAAAAAAAAAAAAAAAAAGGAAAAAAAAUAGCCCACAAAAUGGUGAUCUUAAACGUUACAACCUCAGUAGUCUGCCCAAAUAUCCACAUUAGUGAAGGAGCUUGUUAAUGUUCAGGGAAGAAUUAAAACACUGGUAGCCUGAUCUAAUUCAGGCUCUGCAUCAUGUCUAUCUGUAAUACUGUCAGGGUCGAACACUCAAUUAAUGGGUGUUUCCUUUUUAAAUAUUACAGUUGCCAGUAGCAGGAAUUUAUUUAAGUCCUGCUUUUUUGUUGUUGUUUUUAUUUAAUCUAUUUUGAUAGUGGUUUAGCACAUGCUAGAAUAAGCAUUUGAACACCAUUAAAAAAAAGCACUCCAUAAACCACAAAUCUGGGGUUUUUUUUCCAUAUGGUGAUAUCUUUAUGAUUAUAUGGAGAUCCAGGAUAAGUUUUGUACUGAACUUUUAUCUUUGAUACUUUCUGCGGGAGUGGUCAGUAACUAAGUGGAGCUUACUGGAUUUACCACAACAUGACCAAAUCAUAAUUGCUGGUUCUUCAGGUAGAAGCAAUUUGGUCUUAAAUCUGUGCAAAAGGUAGAUAGAAUUUCCAUUUUUUCCCCAUUUGCACAGCCAAAAGAAGCAUUGGAGUUUCUGUGUGAGAGCAUUAAGUGAUGUCAGUGAAAGUGGUUUCUCAAAGUUCAUGGGAGGGUGGCCUAGGUAGUGCUAGGAAUGCUGAAUGACUUCUGGAACAGUUGAUUCUAUUAGCCUGUCCCCCUCCCCAGCAACUUCAUAUUUUCAAAGGUUAGGCACACCAUUGCUGUUGUUUUAAAUAUGCACUGCUCAUUCUUGAAAUGGACUGGGCAUUUGGACCCGAGUAUACUUUAUUUUUGUUUACUUAAUAUAUUUUAGUCCUCAAAAUCCUGGUUCCUUGUAGCUUUCUAGUUGUCAUCUUGGCAUUUAAAGCAGUUUAAGCUCAGUAGCAGUAUAUAAACUCUGCAAUAUGUUCCAGUUUAGCUGGUGAUUGCAAUAAAGGUUCAGUUUAAGGUGUGGUUUCAUCUGCUGUUGGAGGUUAUGGUAGAAAGUUUGUUGCAAAUUAAAAAAAAAAGUUACACAGUUUUACUCUUAAGAGAGGUUUAACCUUUUGCAGUUGUCCUUAUUUAAGAAACAUGAGUUGAGUUUUAUAAAACUUGUCACUGUAGUGUACGUGGAGUGCUCAUUUUACUAACCUAAAUAUUUUGUAUGUGUAUGUUUAAGUGGGUGACAAUCGUGCAGCAGAAGAAUGGUGUGCCUACCCUUUAAUGCUGCAGUUUUAAGAGAGAAUUUGUCUUGUCAUUUCAGACUGUAGGCUAAGAAUUGUAAAUAGAUAGUGAGAAGUUGAGUACUCUUUAUUUGCUUUGGUUAGAAAGUGGAUUUAAAAUGAAAAAAAAAAAA